AUGCCUCCCUAUGACAGCGACUCUUCAGACGAGGGGGAAGACUACUCGACCACAAACGUCACUCUCGGCUACGUCUCCGCUGAUUCAACGGGCGACGAGAUCAGCCACGUCGGGGGCCAUCCUACCUGGCUCGAUGCCUCCAUAAAUCCCCCCGCUGCGCUCGCCAAAUGCAAAAUAUGCAACAGCUACAUGUCCCUGCUGUUGCAGCUUAAUGCCGACCUCCAACAAUAUUUCCCCAACGACGAGCGACGCUUGCACAUCCUAUGUUGUAGGAAGAAACAGUGCUCGAAGAAGGUGGGCAGUGUUCGCGCGUUUCGAGAGGUCAGGAAGUCGGAGCCAAGAGAGCACAAAGGGAAGAAGCAAUUGUCAGACACACGACCGGCGGAGCCUUUACAAGAUCUUGGAAGCGCACUGUUCGGAGGGCCAGCACAGCAAACAGCUGCGACUAAUGGCGCCAACCCUUUCUCGAUAUCAGGCUCGAACGCAGCGUCGACAGCAAACCCAUUUUCCAUGUCGUCGUCGCACGGAGCAGCAGCAGCGAAUCCGUUCGCGUCGAUAGGCUCUCCCUCUACGUUAGCUGCUUUGCCUCCACAAAACCCGGUCGACGAGCCCUCACCUCAACCACCCACGCAGUCAUUCGCAGAGAAACUGAAGAUUGAUGCCGACUCGACUGCACCCAGCAAGGAACAGAAAACAUCACAAGAACCAUGGCCUGCGCUCUCCGAUUUUCCCCCUCCAUACCCCUCCUUCUACCUUGACGCCUAUCCAGAAGAACUCGAAAAAGAACAAGACUCGGCUAUCCCCGUGAAGAAUGGUGAAUCCUCCAAAACCCAGUACGACGCCGAAGAUUCGGCUAGCGCCUCGAACAGUAAAGAUGAUUAUGAUAUGACAAUGGAUAAAACAUUCCAAAGGUUCUCAGACCGCAUUGCACAAAAUCCGGAUCAAGUGCUUCGGUACGAGUUCAAGGGUGAACCGUUACUAUACUCUGGCACAGACGGUCUGGCAACACGCUUCAUCGUGCCGCAUGGAAAAGCCGGUGCGCCGAGGGGUAUCCCGAGAUGCGAGAAUUGUGGCAGUCAGAGGGUUUUCGAGCUGCAGCUUGUGCCGGGCUUGAUUUAUGAGUUGGAGAAAGACGAGGACCUGAGCCUGGACGAAGGCAUGGAGUGGGGCACGAUUAUCGUGGGGACCUGCGUGAAUAAUUGUGGUGAGACCGGAACCGUCAGUUUCAGGGAGGAGUGGGUUGGUGUGCAGUGGGAGGAAAGGGUGACGAGGAAGUGA